AUGGAGCAAAUUUGCAGAGAUAAUGAUUGGACUGUGGACGAGUCUUCACUUGAAACCAUCUCUUUCCUUGGCCAAGGAAGAUUCGGCCAUGUCACUCUCGAGAGGGACUCCAACUCCAGACUUUGCGCAAAGAAGUCAUCGCCGAUGCAUCUCAAAAAGAUUCUCGAGAAGGAGCUCAGGAUCAUGCAUCGUUUCCAAGAUCAUCCUCGCAUCGUCAAUGCCUCAAACACUCUUCACUUACGAACCAAACCCGCCGGCUACGAAUGCUACAUGAUUAAUAUGGAGUACGCCUCCCAAGGUAAUCUCCAUAAGCUGAUCGACGGUUCUCGCAGGGAAUCACGGAAGAUACCUGAGCCUCUGGUCCAACGUGCGGCUCGUAUGAUCCUAGAAGGACUCGUUGCUCUUCACUCCCAUGGUUACGUUCACUGCAGGCUCAAGCCAUCCAGCGUUCUUGUCUUCCCCUCCGCAACUCCUGGAGAGCCGUGGGAUCUCAAGCUUGCUGAUUUCGGUUCAUCCAAGGAACCUGAUUCCGAUUAUGAUUUCAUGUCCACUUUUACGGCUAAAUAUCUGCCACCAGAGUCUUUUGCGCCAAGCGGACUGGUCAUCGAGCCGGGACUUGAUAUAUAUGCUCUGGGGUGUGUGGUUUCUGAGAUGUUUGGAGCUAUACCUAUCCAGGAGAUAUUUGAUGAAUUUUACGAGUGGAAGUUGCGUGGUCGAGAUAUCUCUCCGGAGGCUAGAGAUUUCUUGAGUCAGUGCAAUGACAUGCAUCCGCGGAGGCCCACCGCUGCUGAGCUAAUGCAACAUCCUUUCAUUACAAGAAGCCUUCCAUCGCCAACCACAGAAGACGACGAGGGUCGUUUGAUUUCGAAUGUCUCGAAGCUUCUCUUGACAUGA